AUGGCAAUCAUAGGAGAGCGGACCUCAGCAGCGUCCUUCACACGCGAAGCUACCACAGCGCAGACUGACUCGGAUCACUCCCUCGUUGGCAGCAAGAUCAGGCUGAAGCCGCGUAAGAUCCAUCAUGCCAAGUCUAAGGGUCGCCCUCGCAUCAACACCUGCACUACUGCCGAACCAGCCAAGGCUCAGAGCUUUGCUACCCUUCAGAAGAAGUUUGCUGACCAGCCUACAACCGAAGACACAGACACCAAAUGGUCUCACCUCCGCGACGCUAUUUACGACUCGGCCAUGUCCGCUUUCAGGAAAAAAGAGCGCAAGAAUGCUGACUGGUUCGAGGCGCAUUGGGAUGAAAUGCAGCCAGUCACAGAAGCCAAAAGGAUAGCCCUGCUGGCAUUCAAGCAGAACUCUUGCCAUAGCACACGCAACGCCCUCAGAGUAGCUAAGAGCAAAGCCCAGCAGACCACCUGCUGCUGUGCUAACAUGUACUGGCAGAACCUGUGCACCAAGAUCCAGACAGCCACCAACUGUGGCUACGCCAAAGGGAUGUGCGAGGGGAUCAAGACGGCCACCAGCCCUACAAGUGUCAAAACAGCACCGCUCAAAGCGAAGUCUGGCAAAGUCAUCACCAACCAGAGCAAGCAACUGCAGCGUUGGGUCGAGCACUAUCUCAAGCUCUACUCGACCCAGAACAUCGUGACAGACGCUGCCCUUGAUGCCUUGCCCAGACUUCCAGCCAUGGAGGAGCUAGACGAGAUGCCCACACUAGAGGAGCUCAGCAAAGCCAUUGACAACCUCGCCUGCGGCAAGGCACCAGGGUUGGACAGCAUACCAGCAGAAGUCCUAAAGCACGGCAAACCUUCCAUCCUCCAGCCACUUCAUGAGCUCCUCUGCCAUUGCUGGGAGAAAGGACACAUCCCACAAGACAUGAGAGAUGCUAGUAUAGUCACCCUUUACAAAAACAAGGGUGACCAAAGUGAUUGUAAUAACUGUCGCGGCAUUUCACUCCUCAGCAUUGUAGGCAAAGUCUUUGCACGUGUCGCACUGGGUCGCCUGCAGACUCUUGCUUCGCGAGUUUAUCCAGAGUCCCAGUGUGGCUUCAGAGCUGGCAGAUCCACAGUAGAUAUGAUCUUCUCCCUCCACCAGCUGCAGGAGAAGUGUCGAAUGUUUGGAUAG